AAGCUGUAUGAGUCAGCGGGCCAUUUAAGGGUACCCUGAGUGUUAUCUUUAAAACACUAUAUAAUCGACCUAAAGGCAAAUGGCACAGUUGAAUCGAAAGUAGGUUACAACAGAACAUGUAUGCUUUGUUGUUUGAGCGGGGAUUUCCAAUACGCCGCCACAACAACCUGAUUCACAUGUAUUUAUAGAACGCCUUCUGUAACAGACGACAUCCCUGUCCGAACCCCUCGCACUCAAUUGAAACAGCGCAGUGACAGUGAGAGGAUGCGUAUGAUUUAAUCAUUUCAAUAUUCGAUACAUGAGCACUGUUAAUGUUUAUUGGUAUAGCAUACCAAAUAUUUACCAAACUUUUACCUCAUAUACCGGAUACACUCGCUAACUGAUUUAAAGUAGCGUUAGUGAUACUUUGUGUAGUAAGGAAAUUGUGUUUGACAAAGAAAAGUGUGUGACAAUGGUUUCCAUAACUACCGAGGGAGACAGUUUUUUGGAGAAUGAGGAUAAACUUGAAAGGAGUUGCUGUAGAUGCAGUAGUGCGGAAUCUCGGCGGACGGACGAACCCCCUGGCGUCAUGUCGAUCCUGUGUCUGGUAGCCCUCAAGCGGCGCCUCUGGCUGCUCCCCAUCCUCACUUCUGGCUGGCUCUUCUCCUCCUUCUGGACAUCGUACGCCAUAGCAGUGUCGUACAACCACACGGAGGCAGACUUCCCGUACAUAAGCCACACCGCGAUAGAGGCCCCGGAACGGUGUGUGUUCGGACAGAUGGUCAACAUUGGCGCUGUCAUGUUGGGUAUGAACGUGAUCUUACGUUACCUGUUCGUGAAGAAGUUUUUGUUGUGUAAGGGAACGGCAGGCACAGACCGCUGGUUCCGCGUCAACCUGGCAGGCCUCUGCCUCGGCAUUGCAUCCGCCUUCGGACUCUCCAUGGUCGCGAACUUUCAGACUCAGGUCCAGCGGGUGCCCCACUACAUUGGUGCCUUCUUCGCGUUCGGGUUCGGCACGGUCUACUGCUGGGUGCAGAGCGCCCUCACCUACAAGGUCCACUAUACCUUCAAAGGAAAGAGAGUCCUCGCCGCCCUCCAGUUCACAAACAGUAUCGUGAUGACCUUGCUGCUUGUACUAUUCGGAACCUCAAAGGCCGUGUACAAAGUGCGGGAGUAUAGAGGACAAGGAACUAAAUGGGACACGUUGCGAGCGGUGUACUUGACGUCAACGAUCACGGAGUGGCUCCUAGCGCUUUCAGUACUCACGUUCACGUUGACGUUUGCCCCGGACUUUCGGAACAUGCGUGUCGAUGAUCCUAAAAUCUUCCUAGAGGAGACAUACGAGCGCAAACAUUCUAGUUUGGAUCUUAAAGACUUGAACAGUAACAAAAAUGGAGUGACUGUGAUAGCAGAUGCCAAAAUCUCGAAUGAUGACCUUAAAAAUGGCGAUGUCGUUCAAGUCGACGGCGUUGACAAUAUGUCUGUCUGGCUAGAGAACGUUCCGGGCGAGAUGUACUCGAGGGGGUUGUUGGAGAGGUCGAGGGAGCGGAGCAGUGAGAGAUUGAGCAGGUCAAACCGCUCUAUGGACGUGAUCCUGUUGUUGUCCAAGAACAGCGAGCGCAAGUUCGUCAAUGCAUUGAUGGCGCUAGGAACCCGCUGUAGGGCGUUUCCAGACAGGUUGACAUGUGUGAGCGGGGAGCCGGCAGGAAUCAUGUCUGAUUCUAUCACACGGAUGUUGUUACCACUCACGUCCAAGAAUCCAAGGGAGGUAAAGCUUGACAGCACGUCGGGAAAAUGGCGGAUGCUGUUCAGGUGGCAGACGGCCGCCGGGAUCCGAUCAAGGCGGGACCGCGUGAUCUCUAGCCACGUGAUCGUCCCCUCAACCCCGUCGAAGGAGCUCAGUGGCAAGCUUGACUUCUGCCAGCCAUCUAUCGAACAUCUGAGCGGCUGUAAAGUUCGGGGAAGUGUGUAUGCCCAGAUUGGAACAGCGGACCUCUUCCGGCGCGCAGCGGCACGGCGCGGGAACAAGGCACAAGGUGUGAUGGCCAAUGGAGGACCAGACGACUGCACAGGGACAGCGGGCACGGAAGCUGGGUUUGUAUCGCAUCUGGGACUAGGGCGAUCAUCGAAGGCCGGCGACUUGCCUGUUUCACACCGUAAUCUGGUGAAUGUUGCUACUGAGGUUAUUUCUGGUCCACCAUCCGAUGCGAGCUCAUCAGGAAUUCCAAAUGUAACAAAAGUACGUCUCAGACAGUCAACGAGACCAUUAACACCACCAGAAGCCUUCUCCACGAUAGGCCAGUUUGAAUAUUGGUCGACUACAACCAAGUUUCUUCAGGUUUCGGAGCCUGUUGUUUGGAAUGUCUUCCAAUGUCCGAUCACCAAACAACUUCAACAAUGGCUUGUGGUCAACAACUAUGAUCAAUUUAUAACAUCCAAGGAUGAAGAGAUGGCCUUGUCAAGAGCACCUCCGACGUCUAGAGCUUCUCCCUCGAUUGGAAAUUAUAGUGGAAGACAAAGAACAAUAAUGAGUGUGCCAAUGCUUCCCAUUGCCUCAGAAGGAGACAGGUUUUUGGAAAAUGAGGAAGGUAUUGAAAGGUACGCCAUUGCAGUGUCGUACAACCACACGGAGGCAUUCUUCCCAACCAUAAGCCACACCGCGAUAGAGGCCCCAGAGCGGUGUGUGUUCGCACAGAUGGUCAACAUUGGCGCUGUCUUGUUGGGUAUGACCGUGAUCUUGCGUUACCUGUUCGUGAAGACGUUUUUGUUGUGUAGGGGAACGGCAGGCACGGACCGCUCGUUCUGUUCAAACCUGGCCGGCCUUUACCUCGGCAUUGUAUCCGCCUUCGGACUCACCAUUGCUGCGAACUUUCAGACAAAGGUUCAGUUUGUGCCCCACAACAUCGGCGCCUUCUCUGCGUUCGGGUUCGGCACGAUCUACUGCUGGGUGCAGAGCGCCAUUACAUACAGAUGCCGAUGUACCUUCACAGGAAAGCGCGUCCUCGCCGCCCUCCAAUUCACAAACUGCAUCGUGAUGACCUUGCUGUUUGUAAUCUUUAUAAUCUCAAGGGUCAUGUUCAAAAGGCAGGAGAACAAUGGACACGGAACUAAAUGGGACACGUUGCGAGCGGUGUACUUGACGUCAACGAUCACGGAGUGGCUUCUAGCGCUUUCAGUACUAACGUUCAUGUUCACGUUCGCUCCGGACUUCCGGAAAAUGCGUGUCGACGGUCCUAAAAUAUUCCUAGAGAAGUAAUACGAGCGCAUUCAAGUUUAAACUUUAGGGGACUCGCUCAUGUUGUGAGAAAAUAUUUUUUAACGACAAUGCAACUGAAAACACUACUAUUAUAACUAUUUUUCUAUUUCAUACUUCAAAUACAUUCUAUGAGUAGUUAUCAACAUUUGUUGAAUGAUUCCAGCCGGCAGUAUCUGAGUUUUAACACUCCUAAUGAUUUGCCACACUUUAUUUUGUCAUAAUACAGUGCUUUUUACAAAACAUUAGCGAGUUCCUUUAAAGAUUUAAACAGUGACACAAUUGGAGUGAUAGCAGGUGCCAAAAUAUCGGAUGAUGACCUUAAACUGGCGAUGUCGUUAACGUAGACGGGGUUGACAAUACGGUCUGAGGUUUGGUAGUGUCAUGUAUAAAGUACGGCUGUGAUAAAAGACUCACAUCAGCUCCGCUGUGGAAUCAGGGAAUAUCUUCUGACGCUCCGGCCAUCAACACGAUCUCUGCCGAGACACAACCAUGCCCCGCCGCCUAUACACGUGGAACAAACAUUUGAACCCGUUCUGCGUGCCCACAAUGGUGCACUUACUAUGGAUAUAAUUGUCCAUAUGAGUCUUCCAAAAAUGACUGAUAUACUUAAUAUUGGUGCUUUCUCACCAGAUGACAUUUCAGUAACGAUCGGACUGCUUUCGCGUUACUGUCCCUUGACGCCUAUGAGUCUUCCAAAGAAACCAAAAUGACUGAUUUACUUUAUAUUGGUGUUUUCUCUCUUUUAUCACCAGAUGACAUUUCAGUAACUAAGUGCUUUCGCGUUAUUUUCCCUUGACGCAAGUCCUUGCAUCUUUUUUGAUCAUUUUAUGCAUAAAAUCAUACAAGUUCAGACAUAAAACGCAUGGAAAGACGAGAUAUGUUUUUUCUCUUUUUUAUCUCAAUAUUACGGAUAUUUGUAAACUGACAUUAGUUCAAAUAUCACCAUAUUCAAGAACGUGGUGCUCCCAAUACGAGGUGCAAUAAAGUUAUAGCGCGUCCAGUCUGUAUUUCAAAAUUACAUUUGCGUUAAAAACGAUUUCGUAAAACACCAAAAGCGAAACAAAAAGUACGGAAUUUAACAAACAUGUAUUUUUAUUCAUUCAUGAGUCUGCUUUAGGCCAUAACUUUUUGUUGUAGAAAUGAUCUGUUUCAUGUAUACACAUAUAUUUUCAUGUUUAUGGUAAUGCUUUAAAUCAUUUAUCAUCAAUCCUUGAAUUGCAUGCUGUCAUCUUCUUACAUAUUUUCGUAUGCUCUUCUUUUGUAAAGAAGCACGAUAAUAUGAUAUAUUAAAUAAAUACUUACUUCUUUUAUGUAUGACUUAUACAUAUAAAUAUUCAAACACACAACCAAACAUACAUGUGUAUGUAUAUAUGUUUUGUCAGUAUUAAAUAGAAACUUCA